UUAAAACUCGAAUAACAAUACAAGUUUGCAUUUCCUGCUGUGGAAGACAAUGCUCAGCAACAAAAGAGUGAUCAAAUUAAAAUCCUACAUCUGUAGAGUUGGAGUGAGUCAAUGAUUGCACUUCCUGUAUUUCUGUCCUGUAAAACUUCCAUCUUUGCCUCAGACCGUACAUUCUCACUUCUCAUCCACAGUUUAGUUAAGUGUGGCUCAGUCUCUCCUUACCUCUUCAGUCUCUCACCUCUCCUCCUCAGUCUCUCUCCUUACCUCCUCAGUCUCUCUCCUUACCUCCUCAGUCUCUCUCCUUACCUCCUCAGUCUCUCUCCUCUCCUCCCCAUGGAGCAGUUUAUCAGUGUCUGGGUUCGGGAUCCUCGGAUUCAGAAGAAUGACUUCUGGCAUGCCCACAUGGACUAUGAAAUCUGUAUACAUACCAACAGUGUCUGCUUCACUAAGAAGAUCUCCUGUGUGAGGAGAAGGUACCGGGAGUUCGUCUGGCUCCGGCAGAAACUACAGGCAAACUCCCUACUCAUGGUCCAGCUACCUGACCUACCACCUAAGAACCCUUUCUUUAGCCUGAACAACGCCCAGCAGAUCACAGAGAGGAUGAAGGGCCUCCAGAAGUUCCUUCAACUGACCCUGGAGAGUAAUCUGCUUCUGUCAGACAGCUGUCUGCACCUCUUCCUGCAGUCGGAGCUGGGGGUGUCCCAGAUAGAGGCCUGCGCCUCAGGGAGAACCCAUUACUCUGUGUCCCAGGCCGUGCUGCGCUGCGGCUGCAAACUGCAACGCUUCCACUCCCAGGAGGACCUGUUAGAGACCAGCCGCAAGGAGUCCUGUGACUCCGACUCUGUUAGUGGGUUUGUAGAGCCGGAGCCCAGCAGUAAAGAUGGAACUGCUUCCUCACACCCAGAGACCCUAGCUCUGUCUCUACCUGACAGGACCAGACCUAACCCCAACCAGGAAGAGACCCUAGCUCUGUCUCUACCUGACAGGACCAGACCUAACCACAACCAGGAAGAGACCCUAGCGCUGUCUCUGCCUGAUAGGACCAGACCUAACCCCAACCAGGAAGAGACCCUAGCUCUGUCUCUGCCUGAUAGAACCAGACCUAACCCCAACCAGGAAGAGACCCUAGCUCUGUCUCUGCCUGAUAGAACCAGACCUAACCACAACCAGGAAGAGACCCUAGCUAUGUCUCUGCCUGAUAGAACCAGACCUAACCCCAACCAGGAAGAGACCCUAGCUCUGUCUCUGCCUGAUAGGACCAGACCUAACCCCAACCAGGAAGAGACCCUAGCUCUGUCUCUACCUGAUAGAACCAGACCUAACCCCAACCAGGAAGAGACCCUAGCGCUGUCUCUACCUGAUAGGACCAGACCUAACCCCAACCAGGAAGAGACCCUAGCUCUGUCUCUGCCUGAUAGGACCAGACCUAACCCCAACCAGGAAGAGACCCUAGCUAUGUCUCUGCCUGAUAAGACUAGACCUAACCCCAACCAGGAAGAGACCCUAGCUCUGUCUCUGCCUGAUAAGACUAGACCUAACCCCAACCAGGAAGAGACCCUAGCUCUGUCUCUACCUGAUAGGACCAGACCUAACCACAACCAGGAAGAGACCCUAGCUCUGUCUCUGCCUGAUAGGACCAGACCUAACCCCAACCAGGAAGAGACACAAGUGCUGUCUCUGCCUGAUAAGACUAGACCUAACCACGACCAGGAAGAAGACACUCUCAGCAUGUCUGUCUCUCCAUGGGAACAUCACCGCCAACCAGGACAUGGUAACUUACAAUAUACUGCAUCCCAAAUGUCACCCGAAAGUGCUCUGGUCCAAAGUAGUGCACUAUGUAGGGAAUAGGGUGCUAUUUGGGACACUGUGUUUGCUCUCAUUUCAUCUUCAAAUAAAGCUUCCACACAGCUUUUAAAAUAAGGCUUCCACACAGCUUUUAAAAUAAGGCUUCCACACAGCUUUUAAAAUAAGGCUUCCACACAGCUUUUUGUCAUCCAUUUCUCCAAACUACUGUCACCAUAACUACCUCGUCUUUCUGCCAUCAAAACUGUUUUUUUACUUCUAUUUUUUUCGAGAGAAGAUGAUGAGGGAAUAUAUGUGUUUAUGUAUGUGUAGUUUUGUGAAUAUUUGUAAAGUCCAAAAAUCUGAAAUAUGUAAAUAUUAGGAUACCUUCAUACAUACACUGUAAAUAAAGUCAGUUCUAAUGUUGUUUUUUAA